CUCUAGAGUUUGUCCGUGUGUCGAAGUUCGAGGACGGUCGUUUGCUCGACUUCGUUCGUGCUUUCAAAGCCUCUCCCCGCUCUACGUCAAUUCCACUUUUUCGGAAUAGGUAUAACCUUCUAUCUUUUACUAUAGUUUUCGUACGAGUUAUUGGGAUGGCGUUUCUAGAAUGAGUCCAUUCGAAAAUCGUGAGUUGAUGUAUAAGAAAUAUGAGAGAGAAGGUGUUGUUAGUCAAGAAUGGGUGGACAACGUGGUUGAGUUUGUAGAGUACUGUGAGUCAAGUCCCAAUGUAGAUAGGUUGGAUAACCAGAAAAUGCGAUGUCCUUGCAAGAAAUGUAAGAACAUCAAGUUUUGCUCAUCAAAGAUUAUGCUGGAGCACAUUUUGCGGUUUGGAUUCACACCCAAUUACUUUGAUUGGGUGGAUCCAGGACAUGCUGAGCUACAGGCACAAUUCUUCGAACUGCGCGAGGAGGCUAGACAAAAUGGACUUAAAGUCACCGACGAAGAAAUAUGGUACUUGCUAGUCGAGGGCCAUAACGCAAAGAACCGUGUUCCUGGAGUUGGUUACUAUGCACGAAAAAUGAAGAAGAUCAAUCCGUCCUCCAAACCUCGUCGUUCCAGCACUAGUAGCAGCAGCGCGGCGGAGAUGGCAGCACUUAAAGAACAAAACCAAAGGCUGCAGGAACAACUUGAUAAUCUAACCUCAAACUUGUCGCUGACGAUUCAGGAGGAAAUAAGGAAGUUAUAUGGUGGAAAUCUUCCUCCACGAGGCUAUGACGAUGGAAUGGGAGGGGCGGGACAGCCCAGGAUUUGUUGACAUCUUUGACAUUUGAAACAAGCACUUUAAUAUUUUGUGUUUUUACAAGAUUAUGAAUUAUGUUACAUUUGCACGUGAAGGUUUAACUAAUCU